AUGUUCGAGUUACGUCUAGAUGCUCUUGGGCCGAUGACGGCGGAUGGCGAGUGUUGUAAUGAGGUCCACCACGAAAAGGUCAUUUACAAGCACAUAAAGAAGUACAAUCACAAGGAGUCACAUCAUGACCAUCAUCAUGGCGACGAAGGCGGACAUGGUGGCUUCGAAGGUGGAUUCGGUGGAUAUGGUGGAGAUGAAGGUGGAUUCGGCGGACACGAGGGGGGAUAUGGUGGAGAUGAAGGUGGAUUCGGAGGGCAUGAAGGAGGAUAUGGUGGAGAUGAAGGUGGAUUCGGAGGGCAUGAAGGAGGAUAUGGUGGAGAUGAAGGUGGAUUCGAAGGGCACGAUGGAGGAUAUGGUGGUGAUGAAGGUGGAUUUGGAGGCCACGAAGGUGGAGGUUACGAAGAACACGGAAAACAUCAUAUAGAGUACUCGAACGAAGGUGGCCACGGCUGGAAUGAAAAAUAG